AUGCUCCGACGUGAUCCUACUCGAAUUGAACUUAGAACAGAAGAUCUUGCUGACUUUGACCGCGCCAGGGAGGAGUACGCUGCCUCUGUCAAAGCAGCCAAGAAGGACCUUCUUCGGCGCUCCAAGGCGAUCACAACUGGACCACCUCCGCCUACACCUAUAACUUCAGAAGGUCUAGCGACAGCUUCAGGUAGUAGAACUAGUACUAGCAAGAGUAAAGAUAAGGGCAAAGAAACGCAGCUGGAUCCCAUUCAGAUGGCACAACAGGAACGGAAAGGAAAGAGCAUUCGGGAUCGCAUUCUUGGAGAUUGA